AUGACCGACUCUGUCUUGGGUUCUUUCAACAUUUCCAAGCCAGCCACCCAAGCCAAACCAACUACUGUUAUAGGUACCACCAUCCCAAUGCCAUCGAGUUGUAUCAACAAUACCGAUCUCCAAAAUUUCUUUGGAGUCUCAUCAACCAACCCAGGUAUGGCUUCAAUGAUGGCCCAUUUCAAUUGCAAAGGAAAUGGUCCAACUUGUAAAUCGUUCACCUUUGACCAACCAGUCUCUGGAAUGUGUCUCAUGGUUGCCAACGUCGAUGGUUACGACAAAUUAACUUUUGAAAGUUCAUUGAAUGGUACACCAAACAACCCCAACGACUGGAAGAGUCUUCAUUCUGGAAACUUCAACGACAACGGUACCGCUUGUCCACCAAUGGAGGAGCGUAAGACUGCUACCCAGACCCAACUUGGUUGCUUCGAAAAGCAAUGUGACAAUCCAAACUACCAGAUCUACCAGUUCAAGGGUGACACUGACAACAUCACCUUCUGUUACACCUCGUUCUCUGACUCUGAAGUUGUCUACUAUGCAUUGACCAAAUGCCAAGACGGUGUUGCUCCAACUCCACUUCCAUUCGCCAUUUAUGCCCUCAGUGGUUAUGCCUUCAAUGAUAUCAACAAGAAUGGUCUCUACGAUAUCGGUGUAGAUACCCCAAUCUCAGGAAUCACAGUAUCGUUGGUUAACCCAGCUACCGGUGAAACCCCACUCGACGGUUACUCUAACGUAGUUACCCCACAGGUCACCAACAGAGCUGGUUAUUACAUCUUCCAAAGUUUGAGAGCCAAUAUCUACACUGUCAAGUUUGGAUACCCAGCUGGAACCAAGGCCACCAUCCAACCAAAUCCAAACAAAGCCAACACACCAAAAUCCAACAAGAUGGACGACACCUUGUCGACAUUUAGAAUUCAACUUACCAAUGGAACAACCUCAGAGGUUGUCAGCGGAGAAGUAAGUGCAACAUCAGGUAUCAUGAAGAUUCUAAGAGAUGUAAAUGGAGGUAUCCAAUAA